AUGGUAUCGUACAGCGAACUCGCAAAGAAGAAUGCUUCAGUUGACAUCACCGGUCAACGAGCACUCAUCUCAGGAGGUACCCAAGGCAUUGGUGCUGGUAUUGCACUUCGAUUCGCUCUGGCUGGAGCUUCAGUAUGGCUUAUCGGGAGAAACGAAGAAAAGGCAAAUCAAGUACUCGAGACGCUUAGAAAGGCUUCUUCUGAAGCUCAACGUCGAUCAGCCACCUCCUCUCCCACCAGUCACAAUGCGGAACAUGAGUUCUUCAAAGCAGACCUCUCAUCCCCCACCGCACUCAAAUCCGUCGCUUCAGACAUCACCUCGAAAGCAGGAAAGGGUGGGAUCGAUUACCUGAUCGAAACGCAAGGAGGUCCACCCCACGGUGCUAUCGAAACCACUUCCGACGGUAUCGAAAAGCAAUUCGCUGUUCAAGUCCUCUCUCGUGUUGGUCUAGCAAAACAACUCGUCGAAGCAGGAACGAUCAAGAGAGGUGUGUUGAUGGUUGCUGCUCCUGGUCAAGGUUCCUCUUCACCCGUCGAUGUGAACGAUUUGGACUUCACCAAAGCCAAAGCUAGCGGUAGUUGGUGGGGCGGACCUCUAGGAUUGAUGAAAAAGGGAGCCCAAUCCGCCUCAAUCCUCGACGCUGCUUGUCAACACCUUGCAGAGCAAAACCCAAACCUAACCAUCACCCAUGCUUUCCCAGGAUUCGUCAAUACCGAUGCACUCAGCAAUCAGGGACACAACCCAUUGUUGGUACUAGCAGGGAAGCUAGCUGGACCAAUGGUGGCAAGUAAGCCUGGUCCAGGUGGAUACGCCGAGUUGCCGUUCUAUGUGUUGGCAAAUGCGGAGGGGCAGAGGUAUUUAGAGACGGGAAAAGCGAAUCUGCUGACUGCCGGAUUGAAGAAGUUGGAGUUGAGUAAGAACGUGAGGGAGAGAGGAGUUAGGGAGCAGAUUUGGAAUAAGUUGGCUUCUUAUUUCUAA